UGAGUGUCAUUUUGCUUAUAACUCAUCACCCUCAUUCAUUAUUCUCUAAACCUUCAUAAUCAGAAAACCCAUUCCUGGAUCACAAACCAUCAUCUUCAUCUCUAUUAUCAUCACUCAUCAAUUCUCAUCACUUCAUCUUGAAUUUCUGGAAAAACAUAAACUCAAGUCCUUGAUCUUAGUUCAUUCAUACAAACUUGAAUUUAUGUUAUCAUUAUCAUCCAUUAAAGAAGAAAAUCUGAAAAUCCAAUCUGGUUCUUUCUUCAAUUAGAAAAUAACAAGUGAAUUGGGAGUCUUUUGUAUUCUUUGUUUCAUCCAUUUCAAAGGCUUUUGUUGGGUUCAAUUGAGGUAUCUAAGUUUAUGGUUUCAAUUUGGGUCUUUGAUUCAACUUUAAGCAUCAACUUGAAUUUAAGUUUGAGUAUAUGGGUUCAAUUAGUAAUUGGGUUCUUGUUAGUGUUGAUUAGUAUUGGUUAUUUGGGUUAUUUGAUUUUUAAUAUAAAGUUUGGUAGUUUCUUUCAUAACAAUAGAGCUUCGAGUCACGGUCACAUGGGCACUUGAAUCGCCCCAAAAUGAGUUCGUAUGAGAGAGUUAUGCCCAAAAUACUAAGAGUAUCCUGAAAAUUCGAAAAUAGCAUUUUUGAUUUACUUGUUCAUAAUUAAAGUUGGGUUCAAAUUGAGUAUUCUUUUUAAUCAAGUAUUUAGGAUUAUUAUAUAUCCUUCAACUGGGUUUUAUUGUUUACGUUAUAUUGAGUUACGAGUUCUUAUUUAAUUAAUAUGGGUAUUUGGUUCUAGUAUCAAAUUUGGGAACAUAAGUAUCAAUUGGGUAUUUGUUUAGUCGAUAUUAUUUGGGUAUGAUAUAAGUUGGGUAUUUGGGAUUAUAAUUGGGGUAAAAUUAGUUAAACUCCAUUGAUAGCAACUCAAGCUUUUACAUGUUGUUGGUUGAUGAUGAAUUAAUAUUCGUUGCUAUUCAUGGCGUAGAAAGUCUUUGAUGGGACCUAUCCUUGCGGAGGAUAGAUCCAUUUUCAUAUUAGCUUUGCUGUGGAAACGAUGCCUACUUGUAUUAUAUGUUGCUUGCAAGGCGAUGAUUUCUUUUUAAAAUACUUAAUGUAAAUUAGAUAUUUGUAAAUUAAAUUGUAAUAAUUUUAAAAUGUUUUGCAAAUAGUAUUCACUUAUUAUGUAAAAAGUUUUAAAUACUCUGAUAUUGAUAUACUGUGGCUAUGUAGUUACAGAUCGGAUUUAGUCCAGACUUCUAUAAAUCUUCUACUGUGCUUUGUAGACAGUAGUAUUACACUGUUUAUACUGAUUUGGACUGUUUCACUUGGUCCAUUGCUCCGACUUUUUCACAUUACAAAAUAUUGAAAUUAAAGCUGCCAAAUCAAUGGCAGGAAAACUAAAAACUUAUGUGGAGCACAGCUGCACAGGUGUUGGCCAUGUAUUCUUAAUGUUUGUUUAAUCAACCGGUGAUAAUUAAUACUCCCUCCAAUUCAGCACUAACGUCUCAUUUACUUUAUACACUCUAUCUAAUAUACUUAUUCAAUCCUUGAUAUUUUUAAUUGUUCAUUAUUAAAAAUUAUGGAAAGUUGAUAUGAAUAAUCCUUGCAUUGAGAAGAAUCAAAUAAGAUCCCACAUGACUAUGUUUUAACUUGUAGAUUAAUAAUAAAAUACAAAUUAAGAGUAAGGGAUGAAUAGUGUUCAAAAAUCAAAUGGGAUGUUAGUGCUGAAUUGGAGGGAGUACUAUGUUUAUUGACCUGAUUCUUAUUGAUUAUAGCUGAUUUCUAUUGAUUGAAAUUCAUUUUUAUUGAUUAUAAUUGAUUUUUAUAAAUUGAAACUGAUUUUACUAAUUGAAACCGAUUUUACUGUUUGUAAGAAUUGUAAUUGAUUUUAGUUAUAAAUUAUAACUAAGUUGUACCGAUUAAAAUUCAUUUUAAUUAAAUUUAACUUAUUUUUACUAACUGUAACUGUAACUCGUUUAUGAAAGUAGUUCAUUUAUGAAGUAAUAAAAUAUUCGGAGUAAUCGAAAUUUUCAGGAGGAGAUAAAUUUAGGUACUAAGGUUUGUAUGUUGGAAGAGAUAAAUUUUAUGAUGUGCUCAAAUUUCUUAUUCAGCAACAAAUGUUAUAGUAAAGCCCAUUUUUAAAAAUGGAUCAUACUUUAUUUUAAUCUAAACCUAAGUAUCCAUUUUCGAUGUUUUUAGACCCUUCUAAAAUUCAACCAUUAUUUAACAUACAAAGCCUAUUUUUAAUGAAAAUUUGAAAUGUUUAAUCCAAUUUAUCAAAAUAAUAAACAAAAUAAUAUAACUUUCAAUUAUAUUCCAAAACUAAGCGUGAAAUUUCCAAACCUGAGGUUUGGGGCUGUUCACAGUUAGUAACUGCGAACAGGUCAAAUAGUUGUUCGCAGUUAGUAAAUGCGAACAGCCCUUUGACCUGUUUGCAGUUACUAACUGCGAACAGAAUGCUCCACAAAUACGCACAUCAGCUUCCUAUUUUCUCAUUUUUUCCAAUUCUCAAAACCUUACCUUAUCACUCGACAUUCUCCCUCUAAAACCAUAGAUUCAAUCAUUUAAUUCUUGCAUUCAUCUUUCAAUUUGGCACUUCAAAAUUAGUCUGGGAUAUUCUAGCUUGCUUAAAGGUAAACUUGUUUGCGUUUUUUUAGUAUAUAUAUAGUUUUUUAGGGGUUUUAAUCAAAUUUGUUUAUUUUUUCAAAUGUAGGUUACUAGUUCUUAAAUCAAGACUCUUCUUAAUUAUCCAUAACUAUUCAAGGUAAUUUUUAAUUGUUUUUAUAGCUUUAUGUUGUUUUUUGAAAUAUUGUUGUUGAUGAGCUUAUUGAAUUAGUUGAAUUCAAUGUUGAUAAUAUUAUUAGAAAUGUUGAUGUUGAUGUUGGUAUUAGAAAUAUCAUUUAUGAACUUAUUAAUUGAUUUAUUAUUUGGAUUUUAUGUGUAUUAUGUAUAUAUGAACUUAGUUACAUUAUGGACUUUAAUAAUUUUUAGACCAAAAAAGAUUAUAAUCAAAUGAAUAUAAUGUACUUGUAUGGGCAUGAAGUUGAUGAUGAUGUUGAUUUUCUUUGUAUUAAUGUAGAAAAUGGCAUCAUUUCGCGUCACUAUAGUAUGUUUUUUGAAUGGUUCUAUUUGAGAAAGUAGUGGCAAAGUUCAUUAUGUUGGGGGAAGACGUAGGUUGUUUGCAUGCAACUCGAACAUGGAUUUGAACUAGUUUAAACAUUUUAUAUGUUCUAAGAUUGGAUUCGACCCCACUAGAAGUACAGUAAAUAUAAGCUUUAAAUAUGACAUUAGUGGAGAAUUGAUUGCCUUUCCUGAGGAUGAUGAGGCUAUAGAUGAUAUGUGGGAGCAUUUAAAGUCCACCCAAAUUCCUCUUUGUAGUUAUACGUAGAAGAAUUACCAUUAGGAAUGUAGUUGCUUCUAAUUAUACUCCUACCCCUAUGCCUAUAUCAACUCAGGAAACUUCUAAUCCUUUCGUUCCUUCCGCAUCUUGUACUUUUUCUCAACCCCCUACGAAUCAAGUCCCAAUUGAUUCAAUGGUUAACUUAGGAGAAACUACUGAGAUGGGACCUUGGGAUGAUGAAAAUGAGAGUAAUGAGCUCAUUGACGAUCCUUCUGAGGAUGAUUUGGAUGUCGAUGAGGAUGCGCUAGCAAAUGACAUGACUCUAGGCAACAUUCCUACAAUCAUUCCUCCUACAACUUAUGCCCUAUGUCCACCUCUAGACGAGUAUGAGGAGGACAACUCAUGGAGGACUUGGGCUUGUGAUACAAUUUACACCGAAGACGGAGAGUUGGAGAAGGGUAUGAUGUUUGAUAGCAAGGAAGCGUUGUUGGAAGCUAUCAGAGUUUAUCAUAUUCGUAGAAAUGUGGAGUAUAGAAUGGAGACCUCAAAUCAAACUUUCCUUACCUUGAAGUGUAAGCGGCGCUGAACGUGGAGACUUAGAGCUACGUUUGAUUCAUAUUUAUCUUCAUGGAAUAUUGUUACGUAUAAGGGUAAGCAUGGGUCUUGUGUUUUGGGUAGUGACACUGUUUCGGCUGGACAUAUUCACUUGACAUCUUCUGUCAUUAACAAUGUCAUUAGAAAUUGUGUUGGUACAUCUACUAGAGUGCGUACUGCGCCAAUAUGGAUUGGUACAGGACAUUCCACCGCCUUGUGUCACUGAACCCGAGCUACACUUGAUUUCGUGCAAAAAUCAGGAUACGGAAAAUUGGAUGGAGAUCAACUAGCGCUACAUCGCUCGUUGGGAUCGUAUACUAGAGUUGCUGGCCCAAGGUGCGCCGAUUGAUGUUCAUGGCGUACCUACUACACUAGACUACAUGCCGUGGUUCCUCUCCAUCACUCGCCGAUGGAUGACACCACGUGGAAUUAUAGCAGCAACACAUUACGCACCUGCUACGCCUACGAUGACCCAAUAUGUAAGUCUUCAUUUGCAUUUAAAUGAUUAACUUGCCGAUUACAUAAUAUAAUAUUACAUUAACUAAAUAUCAAUUGCAAGCUCAAGGUGCGGCAACAAUGAUGCGGUACGGUCACGAGGAGCCGGUGACAGAGAUUGCAUAAGGCAUGCUCGUCGGCACGCAGUUGCAGCACUUCAUACCGGAAGUCGCUACAGAGUCCUCACCGACUACCGCCCAUACGCACGACUCAUCUCCUGCUUAUGACUAUCAUUGAGAGGAGAUGGACCUUUCAUACCCCGUUGACGUUGCGGGGACCUCGCAGGCUGGGCCAUCACAGCCAUCACAGUACCAGUCCCCUCCAUUGCCAGAGCGACACCCGAACGCCUCUUACUAUCGUAGGAGGCGUAGCAGACCAACUCAGUUGGAUAGGGUAGAUGAGGGUCAUGAGCGUUAACGUUUCGCUUUUGUGUAUUUGG